AUGUUGACUUGUUGUUUCUAUUUCAAAUUGUUGAUUAUUUCGUCUAUUUCUCUUCUAAGUACAAAAUGUUUACCAAUUCUGUUAUAUAACAAGGUAUUUAUACCAGUUGAUCUUGGUGGGUUUGCUAAUGUGGAUUAUCCCCUCUGGGGAUUUUCUUCCUUUACUAUCCUUACAUAUUAUAAACCUUAUGAUUAUAAGAAACAUGUUUAUCCACAUCACUAUUAUUAUUAUUAUUAUGCUCCAAAGUCAAAAACACAUAAUAAACAAAAAUUAUUAGUACAAUCGUCAUUGUCUUCAGUAACCCAACCACCGUCACCGUCUUCAUCACUCACGUAUAAAAACAAUGCACCUUAUAAAAAGCAAUAUGUCCAGAGUUCUCAGCAUCAUAAAACCUCAUUGAACUAUUACAACAGUCAUACCAAGAAGAAGGAAAAGGGGAAGGAAUCAGUGGAGAAUAAUAUUAUUACUCCAGUCAAUUAUUGUAAUAAAUAUCAUCAUGGAUAUAAUCAUCAAAAGAAUCGUUGGACGCCUAUUAUUUAUCAUGAUCAGAAAAGAAAGAAUCGAUUAAGUCAUCAUUACUUGGGUAGUGUAAAGAGAUUAAAUUAUAGGCAUGAAAGAAGUGAAUACAAUUAUCCAACACAAAAAUAUAUCAAUAAAAGGUAUAAAAAUGUUAAUGACAAAACUACCUACAAUAUUGCUGGAUAUAAACUCAAGAAUUCGCAAUACGAUAAGUAUAAUAAUGGGAAAUUAAAGUAUGCUGAAGCGAAAUUUGAUGAUAGUACUGUUGGUAGAAAAGAUACCUACGAUGUUGGAAGAUAUCAGUCGAAGGAUUUGGAAUAUGAUAAACGUAACAAUGAAGGGAUAAAGUAUGAUAGAGUCAAGUCUGGUGACACUCUUGAUAGAAAAGAUACCAACGAUGUUGGAAGAUAUCAAUCGAAGGACUCCGAAUAUGACAAACUUAACGACGAAGGGAUAAAGUAUGAUAGAGAAAAGUUGAUUAACACUCAAGAUGAGAAACGUACCUAUGGUGUUACACGACAUAAACCGAAGGAUUUGGAAUACACAAGGCAUACUGAUGAAGACACAGAGUCUCAUAAACCAAAAUCUGAUAACAAAUAUGAAGAAGAAUACAAGAGUAAAGGAUACGAUUCUCAUCAACGUGAAGAUACGCAUAAAACACAUCUUCUUACCCCUAAAAUAUCACGAAUUAGCUACAGUUAUGAGAAACCCUCUCCUAAAGGUAAAAAUAUAAAGCCUAACAAACACCAAUCCAAUAAUUAUAAAUUGUCAACAGACUAUGAGAAAAUUGAUCACGACAAACCUUUACCUGCUUAUGCUGAACCAAAAUAUGCAAUUUUAUAUGAUGAAAUUAAAAGCAGUAGAGGAAGCCAUGUUGAAUCAAGGAAAAAAUAUAAAAAACUAAAAGAAAAAGAAGAAGUAGUAGGAUUACGCAAAAUGAUGAAAAAACGCACUUAUAAUCAAAAGUCUCCUAAUAAAAAGUCAAAUACCAAUGCCAAGAAGGAAGGCAAAUCAAAACCGAAAGAUAAGAAGAGUGAUAAGAAAAAUGAACGUAGAAAAGAUCGUGACAGCAUACUUAUGGUAGUUAAUGAAUACACAUAA